AUGAAACCGCUUGAACCAUCUAAACCACCAUUAGCAGAUAAUAAUAUUUAUAGUUUAGAUUACGAACCAACAGAAGAAGAAAUACAACCAGAUGAAUUAUUAAAUGAUAAUUAUACAGUUGAAUCAGUUCAUGUUCUAGAUGAACGGACAACCCAUGUCAUCGACGAUUAUAUCAGAUUUUAUCGCGAUUAUGGAAGAAGAGCUGAUUUUCAAAAAUCAUUGAUAAAUCAUGACAAUUAUUCAUUCACCGUUUUGUUAUGA